AUGGGUCGCAAAAACGCAGCUCGACGCAGGGCAGCUCAAGAUGAGCCAAGCUCUGCGCAAAAGAAAGUCGUCGAAAAUGAUGUGACUCCGAGUGGCUCAGCCCACACAAACAUCGACCUUAUGAACCCUGCUUCUCGAGGAGUUGCUCAGUUCCCACGAUUUGGCGAAUUCCCAUGUGACAUUCGAACAUUGAUAUGGGAGCAAGUCCUAUUGAGUCAGCGACUCAUUCGUAUCUCCCUCGAAAAGAGAGAAUUGUCUGCCCGCAACAGAAACCAGCGAAACAAGGCGACGAAGGCCAAGGCCAAGGGCAGGGAAAAGAACUCAUUCAAGCAAGACGCAGAAUCACCCCAGGACGACAUCCCCAAGAAGCCAUAUUGCGUCGUCGUGGAAGAGCGAUAUGCCAUGAACAAGCUUUUCCAUGUCUGCACCGAGUCGCGCGAUACUGCAAACCGCUUCUACCGCGUGAAGAUACCUUGUAUCUACCGAUGGGGAAGCAAGACUCAGGAAGGGACAUUCUACUUCCGCCCGGACCUCGACAACAUUCAAGUCGGCAUCUCGGAGUAUUUCCCAGACUUUGCCUUCAAUUUAUAUCAGCUUGACCCACGAUACGUGGGUCUUGUCAACCUUACUCUCCCAUUCCAGCCCAACAUUCAGAAGCUCAUGGACAUGGACGAUGCAGAGAAGGACAUAUUUCGAGGAGUACUCCUCCGGCUGGAUAAUGUCUCCUUUGCUCAUAUGCAGGAGAAGACGAGAGCUGCUCCUCCUCCUCGGCGAACGCUUGCCUAUGCCCACUCUAUGGCCCUCGCUGCUGCUGCUGCCGCCGCGAAUAAUGACUCUGACGAGCGCCAGCCACCAAAGCCACGAACGAGCUGGGAGCCAGAUUGCACCGGCCCCAUGUCAACUUGUAUACCAAGCUUUGAUAAGCUAUCUCAAGAUCCACGAAAGUUGGGCAACGAUCACACCCGACCAUAUUUCUCCUUCAAGAACCCCAUCCACAUAGGCCUCAGCUGGUUCCGUCUGCUCGAAAUUCUGGAAGCCGCCCAUGAGCACAAAGUCAACUAUCGCUUUAUGAUGAGCUAUGAGACAAGUGGCAGAAACAUAGCAACAAGAGAACAGGCUACGUCCUGGGUACAGAGUCAACGCAAGAACUUCAAGAGUCGUGCUCUUAGUGAAGGGAUUGAGCAUGGGGAGUGUGUUCAGCCUGCGAUGGAAUUCUGGUUGUAUCCCAUGGAGUGUGUUGGGUCUCUGGUUAAUUAUGAGGGUGCUUUGAAGACGGCUAAGGAUGUCUUGGAGGGUGUUCAACUUAAGGAAGCUUUGGAGAAAUGUGUACCUGAGCUUUGCCUCAGCAAAUUGGUUUAG